AUGUUCCCUCUCCUCAGGAUAGCUGCGGUCCUAAAACCGGAUGCCAAAACUAACCCCACUUCUGUUCGGAUCGCCAUUUAUCCUGACUUCGCCAAGCUACAUACGCAUUCAGGAAAAAACACAUCCCCUUCUCCCCUCGCAUCGAUCGCUUCAUCGAUGGAAACUGCAGACUUUUCCUUCUUCUCUAUCCCCCUCAUCUCCUCCAUCGUCGGCGGCCUGCUCGUACUCCUCUUCUUCGCCGACUACUUCCGCCGCAGGAGAGUCGAAAUCUCCACCCUUGCGGCCUCUGCCACACAGCAGCGCUCCGACGCCACUAAACCGCCUCCCUCUCCCUCCGCCUCCGCCUCCGUUGCUGCCUCCAAGAAAGGACAUCAGCACAAGCCUCAAUUCCAUUCCGUCGUUGAUAAGAGUCACACUCGAAAGCACCAUCAUCUCGACCUCAACACUUUGAAAGGCCACGGAGACUCGGUCACCGCCGUCAGUUUCUCCUCCGACGGUCGUAACCUAGCCACCUCAUGCUCCGAUGGUGCUAUUAGGGUUUUCAGGAUUGAUGACGCCUCUAGUAAAAGUUUCAAGUCUCUGAGGAUCAACUUGCCAGCCGGUGCUCACCCGACUGCGAUUGCAUUCUCUGACGGAUCUUCUUCUGUUGUUGUGGCAGCUCAGAUGCUGUUGGGUUCAUCUCUUUUCUUGUACGCGGAUGUAGCUGCCAAGCCCUCUGGUGAUGGAAACCAGCAGGCAAAGCUUCCCCUUCCUGAGAUCAAGUGGGAGCACCGGAAGAUACAUGAUCAGAGCUCCGUGAUAAAUCUUUCUACAGCUUCUGCAACAUAUGGCAGUGCAGAUGGGAGCACCAUCAUUGCGUCAUGCUCGGAAGAUACUAGCAUCAAACUUUGGCAUGGAAAAAGUGGGAAGGAGCUGGGAGUUGUUGAUACAAACCAGCUUAAAAACAACAUGGCUGCAUUAUCACAAAAUGGACGGUUUCUAGCUGCUGCAGCUUUUACUGCUGAUGUGAAGGUUUGGGAGAUUGUUUACUCUAAAGAUGCUUCAGUGAAGGAAGUUUCCAAAGUUAUGCAGCUCAAGGGUCAUAAGAGUGCAGUAACUUGCUUGUGUUUCACACCUGAUUCAGAGAAGAUAAUUACAGCUUCUAAAGACGGUUCCGUACGAAUUUGGAAUAUUAAUGUCCGUUAUCAUCUUGAUGAGGAUCCCAAGACCUUGAGGGUGUUUCCAAUUCCACUUCAUGAUUCCAAAGGAUUAGUUUCUAACUAUGAUCAUAUCAGUGUCUCACCUGAUGGAAUAAUUUUGGCAACGACUAGUGGGUCUACUUUGCAAUGGUUAUGUGCUGAGACUGGAAAAGUUCUAGAUACAGCUGAUAAAGCACAUGACGGUCAGAUUACUGGAAUUGCUUGGGCUGCUCAAUCGGUUCCUGUGGGAGGGGCACCUGCCUUGGUCUUAUCUACAUCUGGUUCUGACAAAAAGGUCAAACUGUGGUUAGCUCCGAAGAUCCAUCCUUCAUGAUUAAGUUGACAAGGAAGUAUAAAUUGAGAACAGUAGGAUCUUCCAACCAUCAUCGCCGUUGAAAUGCUUCUUUCAUAACCUGUGUAGUAAUGAUGAGCACAAAAAGAGAACAUUCAACCCCUUUUGAGAAAGGCAUUGAUGCUGUCUGCUUACAAUUUUGUUGUUUGAUUUGGCACAAACUGGCUCAGAGUUAUCAUGAGAUUGUCUGUUUCAACUAGCAAAACAUUAAAAGGGCUAUUCAUACACCUGCAUGCUUCUCAAUUUCAGUUUGCGGCUUUAUAAUACAACUUAGUAUUUGAGAA